UGUUGCCGAACCAAAAAUAAUAUACAGUUGCAGUUUUCUUGUGAAGUUAAAGUUUAAGAGUCGUUAAAGUGUGUACGUGCAGCUUGGGUCCGGCGACGGUCACAAAUCUUCCGUUUCACUCGGGCCCAGCCUCCGAGCAGCGAGAAGAGGAAACAGCACGCUCCAAAGCACGCGACUGCGUGAUGCCGGCUACUCCCGAAAUAGACCCCCCGCGCGGGGUGUCUGCCCAUCGACGUGCUUUUAGUAUGCUGCGCGCAUGCGAACCGCCCGCACCCUUCUGCGCUCCUAGUAACACAACGUACGCGAAUUUAAUAAAAUAAAACAAAAUAGCAUGCUGUAAUCAAGAAAAUGGUCGCGAUACUGGCCAAUCCGAAAUGGAGCGAGGACCUGACCAUCCAAAUGAUUAUCGAAUACGAGAAACGCGAAUUCCUCUGGAACCCGGUGUCGGAGCACUACAAAAACAAGAAAAUAAGGGAGCAGGGCUACGUGGAAAUAAUAAACGCGCUCAACUUAGUCGACGUUACGGUUAAAGAAUUGAAAAACAAGAUAAAGAACAUACGUUCGUCUUACAGCGUUGAGCUGAAGAAGAUUCGCGCGGCUAGGAAGGCCGGCGCGCAUGCGUACCGACCCAGCGUCACGUGGUUCGAGCACGCAGACAGGUUUCUGCGGGCGAUCGUCACGCCGAGCUCCGUCGACAAUAGUCUACUCGAGAUCCCGAUGAGCGAUGACAGCGAUAUCGUUCAAGAUCUGAGCGAGCGAAAAUCGCCGGAAAAGAAGAGCCCUAGAAAACGCCGGAACUCGAAUCGUUCGUCGACGCCGUACGUGCUCAACACGCCGUCGCCGCGUCCCAGCACACCUUUCGGCCUGAAUGGCGCCCCCGCCACGCCGUUCGUGAUACUCCCGUCGUCUGGCUCCGCGCCCUUCCUCAACCCCCCCGUCGGGAUCGCCACGCCGCUAACGACCUCGCUCGCCACUAUAUACCCGGUGCCAGCGAAACAAAAGAAAGGGAAUUCAGACAGUAACGACCACACGGACCUCCCGCAGGACUUGAGUCAGCAUUCCGAGAACGGCAACGACUCGAAUGAGUUCGAGAUGUUCGGGAAAUUGAUAGCGAGCCAGCUAAGGAAACUGCCGCUGAGCUUAGCUCUAGACACGCAGCUAAAGAUUCAGACUCUGGUGAACGCUGCGCGGAUACAAGCGGUGUACCAGCAGUACAGUUACGCGGGACCGUCACAGGAAGCGUUGUCAGUACAGGCUCUGUCAAACGGCAUCCUGGCCGGUAUGACGUCACAAAACAGCUUCGAAUCCCGCUCGAUCCGAAACGACUCCCCCGAAGACAUGACCAGAGACAUCAAGACAGAGUACUGUAUUGGUUCUGAAGCGGAAGAUUAAAGAUUUAUAUUUUAUUUUCAACGACCAAUGUUGAGUUAAUAAGUUCACACUUCUCUUUAUACGUGAAUUUUGAAUUAUUUUUGGAUUUGCUCAUAUAUUUUUAAGGUGACAUAUUUUUAACAAUACCAUAGUUUGAACAGACUUCAAACAAAAAAGGAAGUUCUUCGAAAAGUAACUUAAUUUCUUUUUUAGGUAUAAGAAAGGAAUCUAUGUGUUUUGCAGUAGGGUUUGUGUGGUUAUCUAUGUGUUUAGAUGUAAAAUAUUGAUGUUAUCGAUGUAUAGUUUACAAAAAAAAAAAAAACAAAAUUAUUCAAUCAAAAUCAGUUCAAAAGACAUUUUUUUACUUUUUACUAAACUAGUCAUACAGAUUGUAUAUCAAUGAAGAUCUCAAUGCUUUUGGCUGUGUUAAAACUUGUGUUAGACAAUUAUUAUUAUUAUUAUUAAUAUUUUCGUAAAAAUUCGAACAAUUCAAUUUGUAAAUUAAUGUGAAUUAAAAGUGUCAAGAUGUUGAAAUGUGGAUUGUAUUGCCAGUACAAUAAGCACGAAUUUAUUUUUGUGAUAAAUUGGCGGGCCUGACUUUUUGACAAGCGACGAAAGGAACAGUCGGACCUUCCUGAUAUUUUAUUUAAAAAAAAAAAAACGAACAUUAAAUUUAAGAAAACAAAUACCUCAAACUUAGAAUUAGUGAAGCGUACUAAAAAACAAAAAAGUUUAGAAAAUAUACUAUAUUUUAUCUGUUAUCGAUGUGCCACGGUUUAGAUUGUGUACAAGUUGUGAUUUUUAUUGUGUACAAGAAUAAAUAUUUUAUAAAUGUGCAUUGUUUUGAUGUGCUUUCAGUAGUGAAGAAUAAUCGAGUUGACUUCUCGAAUAGUGCUA